UCUCUCUCUCUCUCUAUAGCAACUCUCUCCUACACAAAUGGCAAACAUUCAUGGUCGGAAAAGUUGCAAGACAAAUUCAAAAUGGCAUUGAAUUUCUGGUCACAUCUUCUGCCACAGGCCUUUGCUGUUCUUUGUGCAGUGGCAUCACCAUUGCACCAAGUGCAGGGAAAUGCUUUCCAAAUCAACCAAUUAAACCAACAAAAAGGGUGUGAUUUUUCUCUUGGGAGGUGGAUUCAUGAUCAUGCCUCCUACCCUCUCUAUGAUGCUACACGUGAUUGCCCCUUCAUUGUUCAGGGAUUUGAUUGUCUCAAAAAUGGUAGACCUGAUAAGGAAUACCUCAAAUAUAGAUGGAAGCCUUCAGGUUGUGAUCUUCCAAGGUUUGAUGGUGUGAAAUUCUUGGAGAGAUACAAAGGGAAGAAGAUCGUGUUUAUUGGGGACUCCAUAAGUGACAACAUGUGGCAGUCACUUACUUGUUUGCUGCACAUUGCAGUGCCAAAAUCAAAUUACACCUUAAGAAGACCAACAAAGUAUCUUCAUGUGUUCUCAUUCCCGGAAUACGAAGCUUCAAUCUUGUGGUUGAAAGAUGGGUACCUAGUGGAUGUGAUUCGUCAUAAAGAACAAGGCAGAAUUCUGAGACUGGACUCCAUUACAUCUGGGAACAUGUGGAGAGGGGAUGUUUUGAUUUUCAACACCUACCAUUGGUGGGUUCGUGAAGGAACAUCUCAAACACACUUUCAAGUGGGUAAUGAGAUAAUCAAGGACAUGGAUCCCUUGGAAGCUUACAAGAUUGGGUUAACCACUUGGUCUAAGUGGAUUGAUUCUAACAUUGAUCCCUCAAAGACUACAGUUUUGUUCCAAGGAAUUGCUGCUGCACAUUCUGAGGGAAAGAGCUGUCUUGGACAAACUCAGCCAGAGCAGGGAGCAAAGCCACCUUAUCCUGGUGUGGACAUUGUGAGGAGCGUUUUGAGCAACAUGAAAACUCCAGUUUAUUUGCUUGACAUUACUUUGCCUUCACAGCUGAGGAUCGAUGGCCACCCUUCUGUAUAUACAGGACGUGGCACUUCUUUUGAAGAUUGCAGUCACUGGUGUCUUGCUGGUGUUCCUGAUACAUGGAAUGAAAUCUUGUAUGCUGCUUUGCUUGGAAAUUAGUAUUUUUAUCCUUUGUAUCUCUAACAUGGAUCCUCUGUUAUUUAGAUAGUAGAAAUAAGAUCUGUUAGUGUUACUUUAGUGAAGUAGCAUUCCUUGACGUUAGUACCCAGCAGGUAUCUGCACUUGUGUUGGGGUAUUGUAAAUGGAAGUUGAUCAGACUGUUCAAAGGCGAUAUCGUAUCAAGUCACACAGU